AUGGCCAGGGGCGAUAAGGUGGACACGGGGGUACCGGGGACGCAAGCAACCGGUGGGGGCCGAAAUCUGGCCGGACUCGAUUGUGGCUUCUUCCAGCAGAGGCACAUAUUCGCCGGUCUACUGGUGUUGAGCGCCGUUUGCUGCUUCAUCGAGUGCAACGAUGUCAUCACAUCCAAAGGGGAAACGCCUUCAAUAUCGGCGAAGAACACGGUGAUGGCAGUUUUCAGUCCCAUGGUUAAGUCACCUGGUCCGUGCAAGUUUCUAACUGGAACACGCAAGCAGAACCAUCAGUGCCGACGGGAUAUCGGGCUGCCGGAAGCAAUCAAAGAGGCGCGCCGAUUAGCGGUGACGCACUGCGAGGAACAGUUUCGCUACGAUCGAUGGAACUGCUCGAUAGAGACCAGAGGCAAGCGAAACAUAUUCAAAAAGGUUUAUCGCGAAACGGCAUUCGUUCAUGCCCUCACAGCAGCCGCGAUCACACACGCCGUCGCACGUGCCUGUGCCGAAGGAAAAAUGACCAAAUGCCAGUGCGCCUCCGAAAGGAAACCGGAAGCGACGAGGUUAGCGUGGCGCUGGGGCGGAUGCAGUGACAACCUAAAGCACGGUAAACGAGUGGCACGGAACUUUCUCGAGCUACAGCCACGAAAUGGCGAUCCAGUAACUGAAAUGCUGCGACAUGAUAGUGAGGUCGGCAUAAGCGCCAUCUCUAGCGCCAUGACGGAUCGCUGCAAAUGCCACGGUGUGUCAGGAUCCUGCUCGAUGAAGACCUGCUGGAGACGACUAGGGGACUUCAACACUACUGCGGCGCUGCUGCGGACAAAGUACCACCUUGCCAUACGGAAGUUUCCAGUCAAUAACAAGACAUCGCGCCGAUCGGCACCGAUAAGCUUCCGCCCGAGGGAAUCGAUCUACGAUCAGCUGUACUACUUCGAAACCUCACCGACGUUCUGCUCAGUGACACGUGGCCGGCGUUGUCUUCAUCCCGACAACUGUGCGACACUCUGCUGUGGUCGAGGCUACACUACAAAAGUUAUCAAGACCCUCGAGAAGUGCCACUGUCGCUUCACGAAUGGACGAUGCUGCCAAGUGGUGUGUGACUAUUGCGAGAAGUACGAGGAUCGAUAUUACUGUAAAUAGUAGUUCCGCUUGCACUGUA